GUACAAUUUCUGCUAAUUUAGGCGCAUUUAUUCCAUAUAUAUCAUUAUUCUGUCAGAUGUAUACACGUCAGUAAUAACAAUGACAGCUGAGGGUGUCGAGCUUGUACCGGAUGAUCUUUUUAAAGAUGUAACAUUUUACAUAGUUGGAGAAAUCUCUGAAGAUGUCAUAGAACUAUUGACACGUUACAAAGGAAAGCGGGAUACAUACCUCAGUGAGGUUGUGAGUCAUGUGAUUGCUGACGAUGUUGACAACCAUGAGUACCAGGAGGCUCGGGAACUCUUUGAACUUCCAUGUGUAAUGAGUGAAUGGGUCACCUUGUCAGUUCUUUGCAAGAAGCAGUUGGACAAGGAGCUGUUUGCCCCAGAAGGAAGACUCUUCUCUGGAGUCAUAGCCUGUCCAUCUAAGUUGGAGGAGAAGGACUGGUUGUCUGUAUGGGGGAUGAUCGUAUACAACGGGGGCCGCUGUCAUGCCACCCUCUCCAACAAGUGUACCCACCUUAUCACAGCCAAUAUGGAAGGGGAGAAAUAUCUUGAGGCGUUAAAGCAUGAGGAUACCAUCAAGAUGGUAACACCUGACUGGGUCAGUGAGAGUGUGGGGAAGGGAGGGAAGCAGGACGAGGCCAUCUAUCACCCCAAACUGGUUGUCUACCCCAAACCACCGUCACCACCAAAACCAGAGUUACCUCCUAAACAGGAACAAAUGGAGAUCCAGACAGCUCAGGUAUCCACCCCUGAGGAGAUGACCAGACUGCCAGUGCCCCAGGGUUCUGUGGAGCGGAGAUCACCAUCAGAGAUGUACCAACCUGGCUCCCGCCCCGGCACUCCUGGCAGCGCAAGCACCAAGGAGGCAUUGGCCAAACUGGUCAGCAACAGAAUGCAUGAAAUCCCCAUGCCAAGACACCAGAUGCCCCCACACAGUAGCCCAAUGGGUCAGUUUCCCAUGCCCCCAGGUCCUCACAUGGGUAUGAGGCCGGGCAUACUCCCCCCUCGACCACCUCAAGGUCAUAUGUACCCACCCUCCUCCCAGCCUGGACAAGUGAUGAUGCCCGGGCCACAUAUGGGGCCAGUGCCUGGUCCAGGGCCUAGGGGUUUCCCUCCGAGGAUGAUGCCCCCACAUACAGGAGCACCACCACAACACCAGCUUCAUCAGCAACAUCUCUCCCAUCAGCAGCAGCAACAGCAGCACCAUCAUCAACAACUCAUGCAGCAACAUCAUCAGCAACAACAGCAAAUGCAGCAGCAACAACAGCAACAAGGAAAAUUACGUAAUAUAACUAAUAACAUAGAACUUCACAAGCAGCAGCAGCAGCAACAACAACAACAACAACAACAUCAUCAAAACAUGUUACAUCAGCAGCAGUUAAAGCAGCAGCAGCAAAUCAAACAAGCAGCUCAACAACAGCAGCAGCAGCAGCAUAAAAUGGGAUUUCCGGGAGGCCAGUUACCAAGACAACCACCACCAUAUUUUCCCCAGAAUAUGCAAUUCCCUCCACAGCAACAACAAUGGCCACAGCCGUAUGUGGGGCAUGAACCUAAUGACAACAUCGCACCUGAUAUUUGCCUGCUGGGUUGUGUUUUCUACAUCACAGACUAUCCGAAACUGGUCGGUAUGGAACAGAUCGCUGUCUGGAAAAAGGUGAUAGAACAACAUGGGGGGCAAGUGGACCUGUCAUAUUCAAACAGAGUUACUCAUGUCCUUUGUGCCAACCAAAAAAAUGAUGUCUUCCACCUUGCAUUGCGAGACCAUAGACGGAUGGUGACAGCAUUCUGGUUGAAUGAUGUGCUGCUAAAGAAGAAAAUGCUUCCCCCCUGGCAGGCUCUCCAUCUGCCCCUGUUGUACAGUGAGGAUGGCCAGAGGCCCUGUAGUGACCAGAUCAUCAGUAUCACAAACUUUGACGGUGAUGAUCGAACACGAGUCAAACAGAUGAUUAACGCCUUGGGUGCCAAGUACACUGGCUUCAUGACUCGAACAAACUCUGUUCUAGUUUGCAAAGGGCCAGAAGGAGUGAAGUACAAGAAGGCCAAGGAGUGGGGUGUGGCCGUGGUGAACGUACGCUGGUUGUCCGACCUCAUUCUGGGCCACAUGGAUGCCCUUAAACUUCCCAUCUCUGACAAGUACAAGACUGUCUCAAAGGGUGAUGAAUUUCAAAUUGACGUCUCCAAAAUAUCGCACCUCAUGGAUGGAUGGAAAACCCCUUUAAAGGUGCCUAAAGAUCUUAUGAAGAAACACCUGGCAAACUUGAAGAAGAACCCACCUGGACAGGAAAACUUGCCCACUCCGCCGAAAGUGCCAAAGUUGGAGAAAGAUGUAGGUCAGGUAGACCUUUCCCAUCCGGGGCCGAGGAUCCUGUUUACAGGCUUCCCAAAAAACGUUGCUUCAAGGUUUGCUCAGAUUGUGAGCCAGCUUGGUGGGCAGGCCGUUGAGAGCCCCCAACACUGCACGCACAUUGUCGCCCGCUCUUUCUCCCGCACCAUAAAAUUUUUCAUCGGUAUCAGCGUCACCCAGCACAUUGUCAACGCACAGUGGGUAGAGAACAGCUACAAGCAAGGAGCCUUCAUCAGUGAGGCAUCAUACGGCCUACAGGACCCAGAUGGAGAGAGGGAGAUGAAAUGUUCCUUGGCCGAGUCCCUGUCACGGGCCCGGGCACAGCCCCUCUUUGCUGGUAUGACAUUUUACAUCACCCCAAGUGUUCAGCCCCCGAUAUGCGACCUACAAAAAAUUAUUGAGAGUGCCGGAGGGACACUGUCCAAGGGCCGCAGGCUGGCUGCUAAGACCAUCGAAACGCUCAAGGAUGACAAGGGCCAGCCUGCCUAUGUUGUGAUAACGUGUGCUGAUGAUAUCUACCUGUGCAAUGACCUUCUGCUUAAAAAUAUCAAAGUGUACACACCAGAGUUCAUCCUGACCGGGGUAAUGAGACAGCUCAAGGACUUCUCCCACUUUCAGCUAGAGGUUGAACGAUAAAGGUCAAGGUCACAACAGUAAGGUCAUUUGAUGGACAAGUACUCCGGAGGUCAAGGUUACAGGGUUUAAUGUCUUAUCAAAGUCAGAUGAGGCCAAGUUUUGUGUGGCAGCUCAGAAGUAUUGUGAAACCUUCUUUGUCUGCCAAAUAAAUUUAUGGUGCUGAUUUGAGGUGUGAAUGUUACCACACCUAUAGAUCUACUUCAGAUUUGAUACUCAAGAAAGAAUCAAGUUGUCAAAUAAAAGUUAUAUUUUCAGUUUCAGUUUGUUUAUUUGAUAAAAGCUUUUAUCAACUCAUUUUGUUUGAUGAAUGUGUUUUGUGUUUCAAGUUGUAUUACUUCAGUCCGCUUACAAAUGUUUAUACACAGAUAAACUUACACUAAAAGUUCUUACAACUUUAUUGAAUGACACAAACAAUUAUGUUAUCAACAUUUUUUGCAUGAUAGUCCAAUAAGGCUUCUGCAUAAUUCUUAUGAUCAGUUACAUGGCUAUGAUAACAUCACCAUGAUUAUUUUUAUUUUGUUUACACUUCCUUGAUUGAUGUGCAAAACUUUAAACCCACUGCUGGUACAGUGGCAAAUUCUUGGUGUUUUUAUUUUGUAAUGUUGAGACCAAUGCAAAAAUCAUGGCAUGAUGAAUAUGUUUUUAUGUGAUCCGGUGUUCUCUAAUGUCCAUUCUCCGCCUUGUUUCAUAUAAAGCACUUUGUUUACACAUGUUUAUAUGUUGAUAUAGCACUGUAUCAAAUGUUCAGUCAGUUUUGAAAUAAGAUGGAAACUUAUUUAAAAGCGCAUGGAAACAUUAAAUUGUUGAA